AUAGUUUGCCUGAAGCCAGCUUUGGGCGCGUACGCGAGAAGUGUUUUAAUAAGAAAUAGAUAUUCUAAACGUAAAAUAUGGUGAAAGUAGAUGUCAAAUACACAAAGUUGUUCAUCAACAAUGAGUGGGUGGAUGCUGUCAGCAAGAAGACUUUCCCAACCAUCAACCCUCAGGAUGAGUCCGUCAUCACACAAGUGGCUGAAGGCGACAAGGCUGACAUAGAUUUAGCAGUAGCAGCAGCUAAAAAAGCGUUUGACCGCUAUUCAAAAUGGCGGACAAUGGAUGCUUCUCAACGUGGGCUUCUAAUGCUCAAGUUAGCAGACCUGAUUGAAUCACAAGCCAGAUAUUUAGCUGAACUAGAGACCUUGGAUUGUGGGAAGCCGGUCAAAGAUGCUGAAGAAGAAGUGUACUAUUCGGCAUCAGUUCUGAGAUAUUAUGCAGGCAAAGCUGAUAAAAUAUUGGGAAAUACUAUCCCUGCAGAUGGAGAAGUGUUGUCUUUCACUUUAAAAGAGCCAGUUGGUGUAUGUGGCCAGAUCAUACCAUGGAACUACCCAAUACCAAUGCUUGCAUGGAAAAUUUCACCAGCGCUAGCAGCGGGUUGCACAAUAGUCCUGAAGCCAGCAGAACAAACUCCCCUCACAGCUUUAGCAGUAGCUGCCUUGAUCAAAGAGGCAGGGUUUCCCCCCGGAGUGGUGAAUGUAGUGCCAGGGUAUGGACCUACUGCAGGAUCAGCUCUUACCCAUCACCCUGACGUCGAUAAAAUAGCCUUCACUGGGUCUACUGAGGUUGGCCGUUUGAUUUUGGGGGCUGCAUCUGCUGUCAACCUAAAACGAGUCACUUUAGAACUUGGCGGAAAGAGUCCUUUGGUGAUCUUCAAUGAUGCUGAUGUGGAGAAAGCAGCUCAAAUAGCCCACGCAGCUGCUUUUGCGAAUGGUGGUCAGUGUUGUUGCGCCGGCACUCGCACAUACGUGCAGUCUGGUAUCUAUGACCAGUUUGUUAAGAAGGCAGCUGAGAUCGCCUCCAAGAGGUCCGUCGGAAACCCCUUCGAUGAUGUACAGCAAGGACCUCAGAUCGACCAAGAGAUGUACAGCAGAGUUCUGGGAUACAUCUCGGCCGGUAAGGAGGCAGGAGCAAAAUGCGUGGCUGGUGGUGACAAAAUGGGAGAUAAGGGUUACUACAUCAAGCCCACUGUCUUCGCUGAUGUUACUGAUAACAUGAAGAUUGCUAGGGAAGAGAUUUUUGGUCCAGUCCAAAGUAUCCUAAAGUUCGAUACGUUUGAAGAGGUUAUUGAGAGAGCUAACGACUCUAACUAUGGCCUGGGAGCUGGUGUCAUCACCAAUGAUAUCACCACUGCUCUUAGCUUUGCGAAGCAAGUUCGCGCUGGCUCCAUUUGGGUAAAUACGUACGACCACACCACAAGCCAAACUCCGUUUGGGGGUUUCAAGGAUUCUGGUAUUGGUAGAGAAUUAGGAGAAGAUGGCAUCAACCAAUAUUUGGAAGUUAAGACAGUCACUCUAUCUUUGCCGCGUCAACCACAGCUGUAAACCUUGUCGUUAUUUGUUUAAUUAUUACUGUAAGAAUACGUAUAAUAUCCAAGAGCCUAUUUUCGUACUGAUACCUAAAAGGUGAAUUAUAAUGUAUAUUAAAAUCACUGUAUUUCAGUGCCGCUAUUAAAAAUAAAAUAUAAAUUGCCAAGAGCAAGAAAAAAAUGCCAAAGUUUAA